AGCGCACUGGUUCUUCUCCAUCGCUCUCUCUCUCCCUGAAUCGCUUCGUUUUUCUUCCAUUGCUCUCUCUCUCUUUAUCUCUUUCUCUCUCCUCUGUCUAAUUCGACCCUUUUGAAACAAACCCUUUUGCUUGUUUAGAUCCAUUGCGUCUCAAUCUGUGUGAGAUUUCGCGUUAUUCAAAUCAUUUUCUCCCAUUCGAUUCACCGAUUUUGAAAACCUACAGCGGGCUCUGUUUUCGUUUUCUUCUCUUGCGAUUUGGCAGCGAUUGUCUGUCGAAUUCAAUCCUGCAAUCGCCGUUUCUGUGCGCAGGGAUUUGAUAUUGUUCAUCCGAUCAGUGUCCGGCGAUUUCGUUGACUUUUAUUGAGGAUUGUAGGACUUUCGAUUGAGAUUUCUGAGGCUGUUUUCGGUUUGGUUUGGGAAAUAGAAUGUUGGGUGCAGGGUUGCAGUUUGCCCGUGGUUGUGGAGACGAUAGGUUUUACAAUCCGACGAAGGCUCGUAGGGCGCAUCAGGGCCGCCAAAAUGACGAGCUCCGGAGAGCUCAGAGCGAUGUUUCUGCCGGCCAAUCCCCUGCGGUUAAACCGAGCACGGUGUCCGCCGUGAUUAGAGAAUCCGAAAAUGGGUCUGGGUGUGAAGAGCAAGAGCUCCCAAAAUCGAUUCCGGUGUCGGCUUUUGAGCCAGUGGUGUCGUCGCUGAGUAAUCUGGAGCGGUUCUUGCAGUCUAUCACGCCAUCUGUUCCUGCGCAGUACCUCUCAAAGACAACGAUGAGGGGGUGGAGGACUUGUGAUGUGGAAUUUCAACCAUACUUUGUUCUUGGUGAUUUGUGGGAGGCUUUUAAGGAAUGGAGUGCUUAUGGUGCAGGUGUGCCUCUUGUGUUAAACGACAGUGACAGUGUUGUCCAGUAUUAUGUACCAUAUCUAUCCGGUAUACAGAUAUAUGGUGAAUCCUUGAAGUCCUCUACAAAGUCAAGGCAACCAGGUGAGGACAGUGAUAGUGAUUUCAGAGAUUCAAGUAGUGAUGGUAGUAGUGAUUCAGAACCUGAACGGGCACUAAAAUACAUGGGGAAACCACUCAAUCAUCACCAUAUAUCGUUGGAGCUUCCUCGUAGAAUGGAAAGGAUAUCGUUGCGGGACCAGCUGAUUGGACUUCAAGAAGACUGUUCCAGUGAUGAGGCGGAAUCUUUUAAUUCUCAAGGCCAGCUGCUAUUUGAGCAUCUUGAACGUGACUUGCCUUAUAGUCGUGAACCUUUGGCAGAUAAGAUAUCAGAUCUUGCCUUUCAGUUCCCUGAGCUCAAAACGUUACGAAGUUGUGAUCUAUUGCCUUCCAGCUGGUUUUCUGUGGCAUGGUAUCCAAUUUAUAGGAUACCAACUGGACCAACAUUAAGGGAUCUAGAUGCCUGUUUCCUCACCUUUCAUUCUUUGUAUACGCCAAUUGGAGGGGCACGUAGUGUUCAAGGCCCUGUAGUAACAUAUCCUAGUGAGAUAGAUGGUAUCCCUAAGAUGCCCCUACCAGUUUUCGGUCUAGCUUCAUACAAGUUUAGAGGGUCUUUGUGGACUCCAAAUGGCGGAUUUGAGUGGCAAUUGGCAAACUCACUUUUGCAGUCUGCUGAGAAUUGGUUAAGACUGCUUCAAGUAAAUCACCCUGACUUCAUCUUCUUCAGCCGGCGGUGAAGUCCUUGCAACAUCUAUGAAGCCUAAAGGUGGGAAUGAGGAUAUCGUAGCUCGGUACCGUGUUGUAAUUUGCUCUUUUGGGGCGCUGUUCUACUUUCAGAAAAUUGAAAGGAAAAAGAGGGAAAAAAAGGAAAAAUGGGGAAAAAGUUUGUGAUAGGACGGGUGAGGUGGCGGAGGGCGACUUAAAACAAGACUCAAGCAGAAGUCAAAAGGGGAAAAAGCAAUAAAGGAAAGGCAAAAGAUACAGUUGGAGGAAGAAUGUCGAAGUUGUAGCCAAAACAGCCCAAAGUUGGUUCAACUUGCUGCUUCUGCUUGCAUUGCAGGUUUUAUCCUUUUUUAUCUUUUUCCUUUUAAUUAUUGAAAGUUCUUUUUAUAAAUUAUUUACUGUAGGUGAAAUGCAAGAAAAAAAAGAAAAACAGGCCCUUUUUUACUGUCCUGAUGAUGUUAGAAUGUAAACUAUGUGAGUGAGGGGAAUUUUGAUAGGAAGGUUAUGCUUAGGAGUAAGUUAUGGAUCCCCGCCAAAAAAAUAUAUAUAUUUGAAUGCGUGUUAUGCUCUGUAGUUGCUACGAAAACUGUAUAAUUCGUUACGAUGAGUGUCGUUAUCAAUGAACUGUCAUUCAAGCUCUAUCAUUCUGUUGCUUCUUUUAGUCUGAAUGGGGAGGGGUUGAAAUGUUUUGUGCAGAUUUGAUACAUUUUUUAGGUGUUUCAAACUACUUUGUAUCAAAUGACUGGUAGAUUGGAUCAUUAACAAGAUUACCUGCACCAUUCUUAAUA